AUGAAUGAUGAAAUGAAAGCGUUAAUUGACAAUGAGACGUUUGAACUUGUUCCACCCCCAACAAAUAGAGACAUAGUGGGGGGAAAAUGGGUAUACACCGUCCUGGCUGGAAAAUGGCUGAGAUUCAAGCAGUUAAAUCAGUUUGCGUUUCAUGCAAAAAGAAAUGUGGAAGCCAUUUUUGCAAAGUUUGCAAAAAAACGUGCCACGCAAUUCCGCCUUGCUCAACAUCAGCAGAGGAACAAGUCCUCUCUAGCAAACCAUUUAAAAACUCACAGCGACAAGGGCGAAAAGACCUUAGCAAAUGACGCUAUUAGAGAAGAUUCCCCUCUUGCUAAAUCUGCGCUACAGGCGUACAAAAUGCUUAAAUCGGCUAGUACAAGCCAAGUGCAACAAAAGUGUGGUGGCGACGGAAUGGGAGAACGGAUAGAAAUUAUGGAAGUCGAUGAAAGAGAGCUUGGUAAGGAUACGGCUGGACAUGCAACUGACGAACUUUCGUGCAAAAUCGUUUCUGGUGUCAGUGAAUCUGAAAGUUGGGAGGAAACCGAUGAAAAAGAUGAGAGCGAAGAGAUUGUGAGAGUUAAUGCAGUAAGUAAGACGAGUAAGGCUGCCUCAAAACACCAGCCGUCUUAG